AUGGCAAUACUUGGCAAAUCAACCUCGCAGAUAGAGGUCCGUCUCGAGAAGCUUCCUAUCAAUGGAGAACACCCGACCUACUUUGACGAGUAUGCCCCAAUCGGCGAUCGAGAAGCUCUUACGGACACUAUCACUCGAUACAUUGUGCCUGAAGAUCAAGCUUACGCUAUCAAGAUUAUCUUCAAGGAAGGCUACGUUUCUGGGAAGUUCGAUGGGGGAUUCGGUGUCAUUGUCCAUGAAAAAGCUACCGGCACCGACAUCUUUAGACAACAACUAGUAGGUGAUUCAAACUCUGAAGAUCCCUCGAAAGAUGUCAUUUAUCCCGUUGCAAGUAUUCCUUCUGCUGUGGUUGAUGGGGUUGUCAAGCAGAACGUUCAGCUAGCGUUCCACCAGCUAAGCCCAGACGAGGAGCUAUCUGGCGAGACUGACUUGCUUGGAUGUGAUGCAACGAAAGUUGGUGGGAUCACAGUCACAAUUCGGAGAAACAGCAAGCGUGUGAUCGAACCAAAACCUUGCGAUCAAUGGAGCGAAGAAAUGUGGAACUAUAAUUCUCAGCUUGCUACAGGUUCGGACAGUCUCUGGAAAGCUGCCAAGAUAGACCAGAAGCUUUUCACCAAAAAGGGCCUCACGCAUGGUACAAUAUUGACUGGUGGAGAGACUGGCGGCACAUUGCAUCUUCCUUCUCGCAAUAAUGCAAAGUCUGAGCACGUGGAGGAUAGGUGCUAUCAUUUCAUCUGCCGAACUGCUGCUUUCCUUGAGGAUUCACAAAUUGUUAAGACUCCUAUUCCUCUGAUAUCUCGUCCGUGGAGAUACUUCAAGGAACACGAGCGCUUCAAUGUCUUUAGAGACCUUCAAAACUAUGACAAGGAACAAACUUUGAAGCAAAAGAUAGCCGAGGCUGGUCCUCAUGCAGAUGCCAAGGCAAUCCAACGAGAUCUCCUAGAGACUGGAGAGAUUGUCAACAGAUGGCGUGGAUGGUCACAGACCUAUAAGCGAGAGCGAGAGUCGCUGUUCAAGGAGCUUCAGCGUCGCCGCAACUUCUUUGAAAAGGGCGAAUAUCCUCCAGAUGAAAAUCAGGUGGGGAACUCAUCGAAGACGGCAAUUUCUUUAGGCGAGCUAGCACCCGAGGACAAUUCACCUGCCAAUGGUGGCACUCCAAGAGCCAGCACGACCACCAUUAAGGCGGAACCAGAAGACAAUAGGUCGCUGCACUUCAAAUCCCAGGCCAAGCCAUCCGUCAUCGUCCUUGAUGACUCCGAUGAAGACCCACAGGGAGUGUCCAAGAAGCUGAACUUCAAGGGCACAGUCAUCAAGAGUGAGACGACCAUCAAGAGCGAGCCAGAGGAAUCAAGAAACCAAGUCCAGACUGCAUCUCGAAAACGAUCUAGAGUAGAAGAUGUGAGACAGUCCAAGAAGAUCAAGUUGGAGCCUGGACUCAGUUCAUCCUCAACCAUCAAAGUAGAUACAGAGCUCAUGCGUCUGAAGGAAGAGGAUGAAUUGAAGGAGGAAGAGCUGAAUGCCGCACAAAGAGUUUUUGAGUUGAUUCAAGAGCGCAAUAAGAGAAAAGGAAAGAUUGCUGCUCUAGAGGCGGGCAGUAGCGCAACAUCGACACCUCGCAGCCAUCGUCGACCAUGAAGUUCUUUUACUCAACAGAGAGGAGCUGCACACGGCGAUACACCUCCUAUCAGUCUUCGUCUACCACUCCACACUUGGAUGGCUUUUAUGCCGGUCGGCAUACAUCUCACAUUCCCUUAUUUAAUAUUUCACACAGCACCAAUCUUUUCCUCUCAAUGUCAAAACAAUAUCUUCACCACCAUUCCAACCAGGUGCGGCGGUGCGUCCAUUCAUGGGAGACAUCCACACUCCAAUAUUUCAAGCAGGAAAGGAAUAUAUCGG